GCAAUUUGUUUUAGUGAAUUGAAUCAUACAUGUGCAUCUCAUUUUCUUUAACUAAAACCAACCUUUUGAGGUUUCACAAUUAUCACAACCAAAUAAAUAAACAAAGUAACAUUUGAAACAACAAACAAAUCACCAUACAAAUAAAUAAAAACUAGGAACAAAAACUUCAAAAAUCGAUAACUUAGUAACGUUCCUCCCCUGCUGACGUCAGCACCGG